AAACGCGCCCUGUAUAAAUCUAGUAACUUUAUUAGCAUAUUUACGUUAAUGCCAUCUAUGCUGCGGAGAUAAAUGACAUGUCAAUCUGCGACUCCGCAUUUGUUUAAUGGAUGGAAGUGGAAGAGGCAUUUUAGAGAAACUGAGAAAAAGGCGUCUUGUAAAAUGUCCCAUACAGCUGAAAUAGCGAUGCUGCAACAAUUGCUGCAGCAAAUGCAUGAGCAAAUGCAACAGCAGCAGCAGCAGCAGCAGCAAAUGCAAAAGCAAAUGCAGCAGCAGCAGCAGCAAAUGCAGCAGCAGCAGCAGCAAAUGCAGCAGCAAGAACUGCUGAUCCAAAAAUUACAAGAGCGGCAGCCUCGAGAGAAAUCGCGAGAGGCGCGGGAGGAACUGCAAGAGUGCGAACAAUCAGGACAAGGAGAUCCACAAUGUGCACAACAAGGGCCACAGCGCAGAAUUCGACGCGGAACGGGACGCGGUCGCAGCCGAGCGCGGUGGUACGCGCAAAGAAGCCGCACAAGAGGUGGUCUCCCACGGCAAUAUACUAUAAUACAUCAGUAUUAUGAAUAAUACCGAUGUAUUAGAAAUAUUAUAAAUACACACGUAUAUUCGAAACAUGUACAUAUAUGUACAUCAGUAUUAUGCAUAAUACUGAUGUAUAGUAUUAUGUAAUAAUUAAUAAAAAUAAAAAUUAAUAAA